AUGUUCGUCAGGUUACAAGAUCACCAAGACGGCAUGGACAGGCUGCCGCCUCCGCCAACCAUGAGCUACCACCAGAGCCGCACCGACGACGUACCAAGAGUACUACCAAGCCUCUCAUCAUUCAGCUUCGACGACAGGAUGGAUGUGGACGCUCGUAACGAUACGAAGCCGGGCCAGCGUCAUGAGGUGGAAGUGGCAACAACGUUGGCCUCCAUGGCAUCAUUCAACAUCAAGUCGCCCACGCUCCCUUCUCCCACUCAGAGCUUCACCUCAAUCAAGUCAGAUGGUAGGAUACAAGUUCCUCAUACAAGUAUUAUUCAUGCCAUGACGAGAUCAACAAACUCUCAAUUCUCAUCUCCUGAGCCGCGGUCACCAGACCUCCCUUCCGUCAACAGCCAACUUUCCUUCACCAAGGAUAGCACGGCACAAAUUACGCUCCCCCGCCUUCGUGAACUGGAUCUGCGGCUCCCCGAGUCCGAAUUCGUUCCCAGCCCGAGCUUCAUGCCGUCCGCCAUGACCGGAGGGCCUCGCCGAAGUAGUAUCGACUCCCUCGGCUCCUUCCAAGAACCCAGAAUGGACCUCUCUUCCUCAACAGCCUACCGAAUCCCGAUGCCACCGAUGGCCUACCCGGACGCUCUCCCCUCGCCCACCUUCAGCAACUCCCACCGCAACCCCCUCUCGCCACCCAGCCGCCGUCUCCAGCACAGGUUACCAGUUACCCUCCGGACCGGCUGCAGCCCCAGCCGUCGACCCCGCCGCUCACCAACGGGGUCCCGCUGCAACGUGAAGUACACGAUCCAGCAGGUCGACUUCAUCGACUACUUCCGCGUCGACCACCACCUGUCCUGGAAGGAGGUCGAGGCCAAGUACGCCUCCGUCUUCCCCGAGGACGCCGCAAAGGGCCACAAGCGCGGGCCCCAAGGGCUCCAGGGCGUCUACUACCGCAAGAAUAAGCAGAUCCCCGCCACGGACCCCAACAACCUGCUCGUCUUUGACGAGGACGACAACCCAAAGACGUUCCAGUGCGACGUCCGGGAGCAAGGGAAGAAGAUGAACAACUCGAUUGGCCUGUUGGGCAUGCACCCCGAGCGCGCCAUCACCUACGCGUGGGUUUCGGAAGAGCACAAGCGGCAGUACGACAAGCUUGGUCGCGCAAGACAAGCUCAGCUCAACGACGCGGAGACACGGAAGAAGAGGAGACGAGCCAUCCAGAACAGCCGUCUUUGA